AUGAAGGCUUCAGCUCUUAUUCCGGUUCUUUUCCUCCCGGGCGCCCUUGCUGCCAUUGGUAGCUACUGUAAGGAUAGCAAGGGAAACUACGGCACCUGCCAGAAAGUCAACAAAUGCAAGUCUCUCAAUGGCUACACCAAGACCAAUCUCUGCCCCAACGAUCCAGAUGAGGUGAAGUGCUGCUUCUACCCUGAUUGCAACAGCAACGGCUUCUGCCAGAGAGACACCCUCUCCUGCAGCGGUACCUACCUCACGUGA